AUGUGGCCUCUACAUUUCUCAUUCAUGAAAUACAGCAACAGAUUUCCCACGAGUUUCCUUGGCCUUGCUCUCAUGCUGCUCCUCCUCUUCUUGGCAUCUCCGACGAGUUCUUGCACCGAGCAGGAGAGUAACUCCCUCCUGCACUUCCUCGCAGGGCUCUCGCAGGACAGUGGCCUCACGAAGUCAUGGCAGAAUGGUACAGAUUGUUGCACUUGGGAAGGGAUCACCUGCAGUCCAGACAGGAUGGUCACUGAUGUCUUCUUGGCAUCUAGGAACCUUGAGGGGGGAAUCUCACCAUUCCUUAGCAAUCUCAGUGGUCUACUGAGGCUCAACCUAUCCUACAAUUCGCUGUCCGGUGUCCUACCAUUGGAAUUGGUGUCAUCCAGUACCAUCAUCGUCCUUGAUGUCAGCUUCAACCAACUCAAUGGAGGCCUGCAAGAGCUGCAAUCUUCAACCCCACUCCGGCCUCUCCAGGUACUGAACAUCUCGAGCAACUUGUUUUCUGGGUGGUUUCCAUCCACCACAUGGGAGGUGAUGAAGAGUCUGGUUGCGCUAAAUGUGAGCAACAACAGCUUCACUGGGCAGAUACCAGCUACCUUUUGUGUCAGUGUCCCAUCCAUUGCUGUGCUUGAACUCAGCUACAACCAAAUCAGUGGAAGUAUCCCUCCAGGGCUCAGUAAUUGCUCCAAGCUGACAUCUCUAAGUGCUGGGAACAACCGCCUCAGUGGGACUCUUCCAGAUGACCUUCUCCAUAUUGCCUUGUUGGAACACCUCUCUUUUCCAAAUAAUCAGUUGGAAGGAUCAAUCGGUGAUGUCAGCAAGCUAAAAAAUCUGGUAACCCUUAAUCUUCAAGGGAAUGAGUUCAAUGGCGAUAUACCAGAUUCUAUAGGUGAGCUUACGAGACUGGAAGAGAUUUGUUUGGGCAACAACAACAUGUCUGGGGAACUCCCAUCAACUCUGAGCAACUGCACAAAUCUCAUAACUAUUGACCUAAAGAGCAACAGUUUCAGCGGAGAACUCACCAAGGUCAAUUUCUCCAACUUACCCGAUCUAAAAACCAUAGAUCUUAUGGGAAACAAAUUCAAUGGAACAAUUCCAGAAAGCAUCUACUCGUGCAAUAAUCUAACUGCACUGCGACUAUCCUCCAAUAGGUUCCAUAGCCAUUUAUCAGAAAAAAUCAGCAAUUUAAUGUCCCUCUCAUUCCUAUCACUUGUUGACAUCUCCCUUACAAAUAUCACAAGCGCAUUCCAGAUCCUUAAGAGUUGCAGGAACCUGACCACCUUGCUAAUUGGACUCAACUUCAAGCACGAAGUCAUGCCACAGUAUGAUAGAAUUAAUGGUUUUGAGAAUCUUCAGGUUUUUUCCGUAAGUGGUUGUUCUUUGUCUGGAAAAAUACCUCCUUGGUUAUCGAAGCUCAAAAGUUUGGAGGUGUUAUCUUUAUCCAACAAUCAAUUGUCCGGAUCAAUACCUGACUGGAUAAGGAACCUAAACUCCCUCUUCUAUAUAGAUUUGUCAAACAACAGCUUCACAGGCGAAAUUCCGACAGCCCUAAUGGAUAUGCCAAUGCUAAAAACAGGCAGCGUUACACCAGAGGUCUUUGAGCUGCUUGUUUAUAAGCUUUAUACACCUCAAUCACUUCAAUACCGCAUGCCUAGUGCUUUUCCUAAAGUGCUGAAACUAGGCAAUAAUAACUUCACUGGUGAGAUCCCCAAAGAGAUUGGUCAGUUGGAAGGGCUCCAUUCACUUGAUUUGAGCUUCAACAAAUUAACUGGAGAGAUCCCAGAGUCUAUUUGCAACAUCACAAACUUGCAGGUGCUCGACUUAUCAAGUAAUGAUUUGACUGGUACAAUUCCAGCUGCACUGAACAACCUGCAUUUCCUGUCUCAAUUCAAUGUUUCUAAUAAUGACCUAGAAGGGAUUAUUACAACUGCAGGCCAGCUUGGCACUUUUCCAAGUUCAAGCUUUGAUGGCAACCCGAAAUUGUGUGGGCCCAUGAUUGUAAAUCAUUGUGGUUCAGCUGAAACACCACAGGUCUCAAAGAAACAACACAACAAAAAGGCCAUCUUUGUCCUAGCAUUUGGUGUAUCUUUUGGAGGUAUUUCCAUCAUGUUCUUGCUAGCUUGCCUCCUUUUGUUGUUCAGGAGAACAAGUUUCAUGGCUAGAAAUAGGAGCGACAAAAAGGAUGCCAUAGAAGCAAUUCCAACCAACUUUAACUCAGAGCAAUCAAUGGUGAUUGUUCCACAACGCAAGGGAGAGCAAAAUAAGCUCAUAUUCACUGAUCUUGUGAAGGGUACAAAUAACUUUGACAGUGAGAAUAUAAUAGGAUGUGGAGGUUAUGGGCUUGUAUACAAGGCUGAGCUGCCCGAUGGCUCCAAGGUUGCAAUCAAGAAGCUCAAUAGUGAAAUGCGCCUGAUGGAUAGGGAAUUCAGUGCAGAGGUUGAGGCGCUCUCCAUGGCACAGCAUGACCAUCUAGUGCCACUCUGGGGUUACUGCAUAAAGGGAAACUCAAGGUUCCUCAUAUAUUCCUACAUGGAGAAUGGCAGCCUGGAUGAUUGGCUUCACAACAGGGAUGAUGAUGCCAGCACAUUUCUAGACUGGCCAAUGAGGCUAAAGAUCGCACAAGGAGCAGGCCAGGGUCUAUCACACAUCCAUAAUGUCUGCAAGCCUCACAUUGUCCACCGUGACAUCAAAUCCAGUAACAUCCUGCUGGAUAAAGACUUCAAAGCCUAUCUAGCAGACUUUGGGCUAGCCAGAUUGAUCCUUCCCAAUAAAACUCAUGUUACGACCGAAUUGGUUGGCACUCUUGGUUACAUCCCCCCUGAGUACUGUCAAGGUUGGGUGGCCACUCUUAGAGGUGAUAUGUACAGUUUUGGGGUAGUGCUGCUAGAACUGCUCACAGGCCAGCGUCCUGUUCCAAUCUCAUAUAAAUCCAAAGAACUCGUCCAGUGGGUGCAUGAUAUGAGAUCCCAAGGAAAGAAGAUCGAAGUCCUGGAUCCGGCACUCCGGGGCACAGGGUAUGAAGAGCAAAUGUUGAAGGUGCUUGAAGCUGCUUGCAAGUGCGUGAACCAUAAUCCUAGCAUGAGGCCAACUAUACAGGAAGUGAUCUCUUGCCUGGACAGCAUAGAUGCCAACCUAAGGAUGCAAAAUUCAAUCAGCAUAGAGUAA